GCCGAGCUCUCACUCACUCACUCACUCACACACACACUCACACUCGCGGCCUCCGUCGCCCGCCCGCUCGCCUCAGGCCAGGAGGGCCGGCUUUGGCUUUCUUCAGGUUCGGUUGGCCCGAGCCGAGGGCGGCGGCGACGACGGCGGCGUUGGCGUGGAUCUCUGUGGUAACAACGGCCUCAGCGGGCAGGGAAGAUGAAAGGUAGCCGGAUCGAACUGGGAGACGUGACACCACACAAUAUUAAACAACUGAAGAGAUUAAACCAGGUCAUCUUUCCAGUCAGCUACAAUGACAAGUUCUACAAGGAUGUGCUGGAGGUUGGUGAGCUAGCAAAACUUGCCUAUUUCAAUGAUAUUGCAGUAGGAGCAGUAUGCUGUCGGGUGGAUCAUUCACAGAAUCAGAAGAGACUUUACAUCAUGACACUAGGAUGUCUGGCUCCAUACCGAAGACUAGGAAUAGGAACUAAAAUGUUAAAUCAUGUCUUAAACAUCUGUGAAAAAGAUGGCACUUUUGACAACAUUUAUCUGCAUGUCCAGAUCAGCAAUGAGUCAGCAAUUGACUUCUACAGAAAGUUUGGCUUUGAGGUUAUUGAGACAAAGAAGAACUACUAUAAGAGAAUAGAGCCCGCAGAUGCUCAUGUGCUGCAGAAAAACCUCAAAGUCCCUUCUGGCCAGAAUGCAGAUGUGCAAAAGACAGACAACUGAUAAAUUGCAAAUGAACUUUUCUUGCACUUGCUUGUCGCCAAAUAAAAGAGAGGCCCAUUGAUUUCCCCCUCCCCCUUUCUUUUAAACUUUUCCACCUUCUUUUGUCUUUCUCCUCUUUCCUUUCCUCUUAAAAAUUUUAAUAUGUUGAAGGACUUUAAAGAUUAAUCAUGUUUGGAUUAUUUUUCUUUUUUCCUUUUUCUCCCCUGGUGAGGUGGUUUGACUGUAGGGAAAAAAAAUUACAUUUGUUGUUUCACAGUUCAGCUGUAUUGGUUCUGAGAAUUUGGGUAUCAGUUUCAAAUUUUUAGUUUUUUUUUUUCCCUUAUGUCCUGCUUUCACAUUGAACGGCAGAGCUUACAAAUUAUCAUAUAUUUCAAAAGACAAAACAGCAGCAGCAAUAUUUUGUUCUCUAACUCAGACAAGUUUAGUAGUAUGUUUGUGGUACUUGGGGUUCUUAAGACUGUGGGAUGCUAAUCCCUGGACAUUGCCUUCACUCCACCUCUGUCCUUCAGAGUACUUUAUCAGGAGUUUAGACUAUUUACUAUCCUUAUAAGAAAUGCUAAGCUUAUUUUGUUUUGUUUUAAAGCAAUUACUCUCUUCUUUGAUGGUGGUUAAGGGUGGGUGGGAGAGUUUUUUUGGUAGAUAGUGUCAAACAUUGGUCUCAGUAUUUGAGUUAACUGCAUUUUGCUGAGUGGAUUGUUUCUAAGCAGGUUUCUUUUUCCUGCUGUUGAUUGUUAGUGGCAUUAACUUUUAGAGAGUGGGCUGGUGAGAUUAAUUUUUUUUUAAUAUCCCAGCUAGAGAUAUGGCCUUUAACUGACCUAAAGAUGUUUGUUGUGGUUCACUAUUUUCUCCUGUCCUUUUUGUUCAGUAAACCCCACAGUAGAUAGGUCAAUAUUCCUAAAUAAGCCUGAAGCAGGUGUUUUCUCUUGGAUAUAUUAAAAAAUACCUAAAAGGAAGCUUAGAGGGACUUGUGGCACAAUAAAUGCGUUUAAUGCUAGCUAAUGCAGAUUGUUUAAAGUGUGGCCACUAAGCAUUUGAUUACAUAGGAAAGAAUAUCUAGUCAGUAUUUUUGAGAAUGAUAUAGCUGUGCUAUUGCUUAUCUGUUGGAGAACAUCCCAGAUUUGCUUACAUUUUGUGCCUAUGAUAGUAAGGAUUUAGGGAAGGGGAAUUGUUGAACAUACUGCUUCUGUUGGAAAAAUAGAAGUCUAGAAGUGUUAAUAAUGCAAGUGUCACUGUGACCUCCUCUUAAUGAGACUGGUUUAUGCCAGAUCAUUUUUUAACAUAUAGGGAGUGACUGAUUGGUUUAAUAAUACUUGUAAGAUAAGGGACACCUGGCAUUUUCAUUUUUACUCCAUAGUCCCAUCUGCAACAUUUAAAAUGUUUUUAGAUCGCCAGUGCUGGUGGCCCAAGAAAUGUUCUUAUUGAACAUAGAAACAGAGCACAGGGUUGACCUUUCUGUCAUUUGACAUUAAGAGAAGGUUGUUCAUUAUAUUUCUCCUUAAGAAAAUUCCGACAUAAAAGACUCAUCUCUCCCAAUAUGUUAAAUAUUUGUCAAAAUUAUUUUACAGAAUGUUUAUGCACAUUUUAUAAUCUUAAGUUCUUAAUUUGAGAAUGUGAAAGUUAAGUACAGUAGACUUUAAUAGUCUUAAUUGAGUGCCAAGAAUAAUACAGAAAAGGAAGAUAGUUGAUGAAAGAGUUAUAGGGUUCUAAACUAAAAUAGUGAAAUUGUAGAAAGAUCAUGCUGAUUUGUUGGGUCUCAGUUUCUUAAGCAGUCCAAAUCUAAGCUUAGAAGAAAAGUUUAGCAUUAAGCACCUUUACCUUCAUGGAUAAGCUUCAGCUUGCUCUUGCCAAGAUAAAAAGUAUGUAAGUUACAGAAGGGAAAAUUAGUUUGACGAAUUCAGCCUUUUUGUAAACUUCCAGAUAUCAAAAUAGAUUUUGAUAUAUAAAUGAGUUUUCUGAGAUGACACUGCCUCUAUUUCUAUAACCAUUUCACCUGGACUAUUUAAUCAGUCCUAUGAAUGUAUCCCUAAAUGUGGUUAUUGAAAACUGAAUACCUGCCUCAUGACAAUGAACUACAUGUUAUUUAAGGAGGAAAAAAAAAAUAAUAAAUUUUGAAUUGAGUGUGUAGGCUCCCUAUCAUAGUUUCUUUUUCCAUACUAGUCAGUGACUUCACCUAAAUUGUAAAUGUUUAUAAAAGGUUAAUUGUCCUACAGCAAACUAUUAAAUAUUCCAUACAUUUACAAAGCAGGAGGAUGUAGAAAUAGAAGCUGGGUGCUAGUAGUUCAUAUGCUUACGAGUUGGUAAAGACUGAAGUAAUGCCCGUGUUAAGUUGGAUAUUUUGAUAUGUGAUAAAAAUUAUUGAGGUAAAAUAAAAUUAUUAUAAUUAACUAGAAGAUCACACAAUAUAUCCAUCACAUUUUCCAGGAAAAAUCAUUUGUACUGUGGGGCAAAUAGGCAAAAAUUGUAUGUAAUUGCAUUUUGUUCUGACAAAAAUAAUUUGUGGAGAAAUCUAUGCAAUAUAAUUUGUCCAGAUUAGUUAUAUUUGGGGAAAGAAGUUCUGAAGCAUCCCCAAAACAGUUUACUCAUUUGAAAGUCCUCCAAAAACAGCUAUUGGGAAACCAUGGUUUGUGGGGUAGAAAGAAAGAAGCUCCCUCAGUUUUUUGGAGGGAAUAACUUAAAAUACUUAAAAUGGCUACAUUUACUUGGUGCAGUUAAGAAUUAAACUUGUUGAUUUUAACAUCGCUGUUAUAUCUGAAAUAAAGUUAUGUGAUGUUCUGGUA